AUGAUCCUCAGGACCCCUCCGCCCCAGAGGAAGCGGCGGGCCAGCUUGGCCGCCGACGGCGAGAGCCCCGGUUCCGACCGCCGGCUCGUGAUCUUCGAGGAUCCCUCUCCGGUGGGAUCCCACGACCCGUCCGACCAGAUGGUCUGCUCUUAUCAAUGCCGUCAGAUGGUAGGUGUUCAUAUUGUAAUCUUAGGGCCCUCGGUACUCUCCCGCUUGCUUGGAUUCAUCGAAGUUUCGCUUUUUACGUUUGGCUUGUUUCCCUAUAAUGUCGCAGAAAAUGGCUCGAUACUUACAACGCUAUAUCAUGUUCACACUUAUACAUCCUUAAAAUUUUCGGAACAUUGGAUUCACCAUGGAUGGGAGGAGAGUGAGUGAUAGAUCUUUACAUGCUUAUGGUUCAAAUUGCUCUGGGAACCGGAGCUGAAAUGGAGGUGGAGGCGUAUUUUGUGUCACGGAUAGGACUGGCGUAGGAAGCUAAAUUGUGUCAAAUUGUCUCUGAGUUAAAUUGUGUUGCCGAAGACGUCGGAAGCUAGUUUAUGGUCAAUAUAAGGCAUCACACCAGACUGAUACGGAUGAUCUCGAAGUUAUUUAGUCGCAAGGUACCAUACAUCUUUGGAUGUUAAUUGUGAAAAGGGACUUACUGAUCACACUGAUGUCUUAAUGUUGACAGAUCGGUGCCUCAUUUAAUGUUAGUUUGUACAGUGGAAUGGAUAAUUUGUAUAUCAUGGUCAUCAUAAGAUUUCAAAGUCAUUAGGUAUCGGAUUCAGGAGCGCAGAUUAACAUCAUCUAAUGUCCAAUAACAUCCUUGAAAGAGAGACCCAAAGCUUUAGCAAUGUUUCUCGUCGUUUAAGAUGUUCCCUCAACAGUCUACUUUCCUAUAAAAACGGAAGAUUUCGAGAACUGUUUCUGUUAAUUUUAGUUGUUUUGAAGAAGUGUAUUCCAUCGCAAUGACCCAUAAAGUUAGGCUUGCCUUUUUUCUAUGCGUUAAAUCAGAAAAGUCGUGUAUCUCGGAUAGAUUUUAUUGAAGUUCAUAGGGCGGAAACACCCUAGGCUGUGCCCAUGACCCAUUAUAAUUAUACAAAAAGUUAUCAAUGACACAGUCACUUUUAGCGACAUAAUGGUAUUCUUAACUAUUUUUCCGUUUAUUAUAAAUCCUUAAUUUUUAUCGAAUUCCUACAUUUUGUUUUUUGUACCACCACAGACCCUUCUCCAUUUCUAAUUUCAGGUUUUUUUAAAAAACCAAUGUCCUUUUAUUUGUCUAAAUGCUUUUCAUGCAAUAUUUUAGGUUAAGACAGAAGUCAUGGAUGCACUGAAUAUUGCAGAGAAACAAGCUAUAGAUUAUCGGUCAAGAGUAGAGACACUGGAGCAAAACUUGACGAGGAGUGGUGGGUUUAUCUGAAAUUUUCACCGAUGCAUCACAUGACUGCUUAAUUUUUCACGGCAUCUUUUGAUGAGAAGCAUUUUCAUAACUUUAGCGUGACUAUAUCCAUUGCUUGGGAAAUGACGUUAUGGUAUAAUAUCUUGGUAUUCUUUUAUUUUCCUCAUAAAAUGAACCAUAUACCAGAAUUCUAAUGCCUAUUUUAUUUGUUCUACCUGUUGUUACAGAAGAGGAGAGAAAUCGAUUUAAGAAUCAGUUAUGUUUUGUGGAACAAGAGCUUGCAGCAUCCAAAGGCCGUGAAAAUGCAUUACAACAGCAACUACUGAAGGAAGUCGCUGAUUCUCAGGAGCGAUAUCGAAUCCAAGUACAGCGUUGCAGUGAGCUUGAGGUGCAUCUUGACUAUCAAAGAAUUUUGGAAGAUUGGUUGUUCUUUUCUCUCUUCAAUCAAUUCUUCUGAUGACGCCACAUUUGCUGUAAUUAAUUUAUGUUUUAUGUAUCUCUAGCUAUGUAUCUGGAAUGUCCUUGAUCUAUACAUUGCUUAUUCAGACCAUUGUAUAUUUUUUUAUAUGUAACUGAAAGGCAAAAUGUUUUUUCUAUAUCCCCUAGUAUGCCGUGUCAGAGUUUUCAUAUUAAUGAGAAAAUUUUGAAGCUCAAUUGUCAGCUGAUAUUUAUACCGGCAAGCUCAAAUUCCUAUGUUUAACCCACUUUUUUCUAACAGUCCAUAAUCUUUUAUAAUGUCAGUGGAGUAAUUUAUGAUGCUUAUUUAUAUGAGCUGCAAUAUCAAUUUUGCUAGGAUCUGCCAGUCCAACCUUAAGGUUAUGCUGAUGAUGUUACUGAUUUGCUAUUGUUGUUGCUUAUAUAGUUAACAUAGCUAUAUCGACUCAAAUACGUGUUUGCUCAUUUUCUAAUAGGUUAAACUCAGGAAGGAAGCAGAUCUUCGUAAAAGUGCUGAUUCUUCAGCUCUUGCAGCAAAAGAUAAAGUUUGCGAUCUUGAGGAGAAAGUUAGGUGCCUUCUAGAGAGCACUGAGAGGGAAAAGAAACGACAUCAGAGGGAGAAUUUCCAUUUUCAAGAUGAGGCAAAUCUGUCUAGCUCGAGGCUAAGAACAGAAGUGAGUUGUGGACAAUGAUUUAAGAUGAGUACGUUUUUUCAUGCCUUACGAACCUUUUGUUUUAUAUAUUUCAGCUCGAAAUAAUGAAAAAUAGGGCAGAAAGUGAUAGGAAAGAGUCAGAGCUUUUGAAGAAGCAAAUGAAAGAACUCAGAGAACGAUUAAAUGAGGUGUGUUCUGCUAAUUUAUUUCUUUGAUGCUAUAUGAUCUUCCAAAUUUAUCAUUAUUUUUUGUUUCAGUAGUUCAGUUUCCCCAAUGUAUGGCUGUUACUUAAAGAACUUUUUCUUUUGAUUACUAAAUUUAAUCCCAGAAGAUGAAGCAACCACUAACGCCAAGAAAUUCACAUAAAACCUGGAAAACGGAGGACUAAAUAAUUACUUGUGUGAUAAGCUGAUUUUGGGCACCCCAACUCGUCUUUCAUAAAAAGGGAUAUAAAUAUCCUUUACAACUUUUUUAUACUCAUCGAUGCCAUAACGUUGGUUUUUUGGGCGUUCCAAUUUGAUCUAUAUUUCUUUGAUGUGGUAAUCAUCAGCUUGUUAAACUGAUCAAUAAUUCAAAUUUAUUUUGACAAUGCUCCCCCUUUCAUUUGCUUCCAAAUGAUGGAUUACCCUGUAUUAAGCAUUGGCAGUAGGUCCAAUGCAUGCGGCAGAGAUAAUUUGAAAGAACCCUUGUUUGUACUCCAUGCUUGUCAGUAUUGAGUGUAGCCACUCGCUGUCAAACGAUGUUCAUUCGGUGGUUUUCUGUGGAAAUUCAAGCAGUGAUAUCGUUUCCCCUGACAAGCUACUUGUUCUGAUGAAGCCCUCUCUGUCUAUUUGGCCACAUCAUCAGACAUUAGGUUGACGACUGGCUGUAAGAUAUACUUGAUUAUUUUUGAGAUACAUUCAAAUUCAUACGUGGACGCUUUUUUCCGAUAGUAAUGAUGCUAAUAAAGAUACUGGUGACGUGAUGACGUUGAUGAAAUCUGGUUUCGAAAUUUUUGAUAAUUUUUAGGACCCGUAGUGAAACUUUAUAACUUGCAGGCCAAAGAUGAUUUUUCUAAAAUAUUACAGACUGUGUUGUUUUCGACCGAAUGAGUUUUUAGUUUGGGCUCUGGAUUCGAGAACUGUUAUUUAUCAACCAUAGUUUAAUUACAAUUUAAUAUCUUUAUAUUUCUUUUACUAAAAGGCCGAAUGCUUUUUGCUAUCCUCAUCUGGGUUAAAAAGCCUCAUGUUCUCUACUGUUCAUGGGUUGCUGAGUAGACAGAUCUCGAUUUUGAGUCAACUUUAUUUUCAAAUGUUACGAACAGAUUUUUGAAAUAAACACCUGAUUCAACCUGAGGUAUACUAUUAUGUGCGAUAAUAGUUGUUUUGAUUUCAGUUUUGUUGUUACAAUUUUGCACUUAUGUACCCAUGGCGUGGAUAAUGAAGGGAUUUGAUGAGCCAUGAACUUGGUUUCACGACACUGCCAAUAAAAUAAUAUUUUUGCAAUUCUGGUUUUUUUUUUUUCAGUGCCUUGCGGAGAAGAGCGAGUUGGAGCAUAAGGUUACAAGCCUUCCUAUUGCAUCACCUGAAGUCCGUGCUCCAGAAGAGACACAGGUGCUGCUGAAGCAUCUGCAGGAAGAACUUCGGAACUAUGUGAGCUAUUUGUUCCUAUGGCUAUUUAUUUUUUUAUCGUCCUGCUAUUGAAUAUUGCUGUGUACCAUAGGAUUUCUCUCUUGCUCUCUGGAACUAGAGAAUAGAAAGUUGUUUGCAUGAGUUGCGUCUUCUCUGAAGUGUUGAUAGAAUAUCCUGUUUGGGUAUUGUGACCAAGAUAGAAAGUGUCCUUUGAUUCAGUUCAUAUUACCUUUAGUAACAAUCAGAAACUUGUGGAAAGAAGAUGAUACCGUUCAGUAGGAACAUUAUAGUUCGUUAAUUAUCAAAUUGUUUCUCACCGUUUUGAAUCACCGAUAAGACAUUGAAGCCUUAGAUGCCAGGAAUUGAAUGUUUUGUUGCAGAGCACGUGGUUAAUUGUUGAUAAAUAUUUGUCCGUUUACAUUGUGUGAUCUUGUGGGACAAUUGUCUAUUUGAUCUUUUCACACUGUUGUCUGACUUAACCUAGGAGGUUGAGGUGCAAGAGGCAAGGAAGCUGAGAUCUUUCCAUGCGAACACUGAGCUAUUAAAGGAGAAACUACUGGAGGAAAAGGGUCGUAGAGACAAGGCAGAAGCUGAGUUAGUUAAACUGCAGGAGGUCCAGUUUCAUGCUGAAAAACUGGAAAAUGAGUUGAAGAUGUGGAAGUCAUUAAUCAAUGAGAUUCCCGGGGUAUCUUCCUUUGAUGAUAUAUGCAAAAAAAUUGCUGGCUUGCAGAAGUAUGUAUUUGCAAGUUUGUUAGAAUGUUUUAUUUUCCCAUUGUAUUCUGUCAGUCUCUGGUUUUUUUUAUUAUUACCGAAUUUUGACUUAAUAUGUUUCUCGUGUUUUGCUGAUGUAUUGUUUUGCUAUUUGUGAAAUAUAGAGAAACAAUAGAUGGCAUGAUGAAGGUUGGGGAGGUAACUGCUCAGUUGAGAGAGCUAGAGGUAGCCCUGGAUUCGGCAAAGCUCAGCAGGCAGCAAGCAGAAACAGAAUGUGCUCUUGCCAAGGAGAAAGCAGAUGAAUCAAGUUUGGAGGUGAAGCGUCUUAAACUGAUGGUUAGUAUUUAAAUUGGGACCCCCUAUCUUGGUGAAAAAGUAGGCAUUUAGUUAACUAUGGCUUGGUUAUCUUGACUGUGCAAUUAGCACCCUUUCAUAAAUGGUUCGUCACUUUCCACGUAAAGGGGAUUUUGGUUGGAUCAAUCGUGUCAAAACACUAGCUAGGGGAAAGACCCAUUUAUCAAAUAAAGUAGAAUUCCGAAUUCAUCCACUAUCAGGUAUAUAUAGAUAUGGCUAAGUUAGUAUCAAUUCAUUAAGGGAAUCAAUAGAGUGUUCACAUGUACAACUUAUCUACCAGCUGAUUGUCCUUCUGUUCUAUGUUCGAAAAUCUCUAUAUCCAGUAUAGUGUAACAUCAGCAUAACCUCUAUCCAUUCUGAAGAUCUUACCAGACUUACUGUUGAAGAUCCAGUUGGUGGGUUUCCUUGACAAGUUCACCGAUAUGUGGGCUGUUUCUAGCUGGCAGUGGAGAAUUCAUGUAAUUACACCCCAGUUUGAUUUUUAGAUUUACAUUUUCCACUUUCUUCUUUUUGAGUGACAGAUUGAUGCAGUCACUGAAGAAAGGGAUCGGCUAAGAAAGGAUGUUGUUUCAUCCUGUAAGAUGAAGAUUGAAGAUUCAGAGGGUGGAAGUACUGAAACAACACUGCUUAAGGUUGUAAGACACAGAACACCACUAGUUCAUACUGGUGUAAGCUUCCUACUUAGGCAUUCCUCAUUGUUUUCAAAAUAUACAGGAACUAGAAAAAUCGUUGGCAGAAAAGGAGGAAGUUAUCAAAGGAUUGGAGACUAAUAUAAAUGAACAAGGAAUCAUCAUUCAUCGUCAACAAACUGAAGUGAAAGUUCUCAACGAACAUCUCUGCAAUGAAGCAAGAAGAAUCAAGUCUUUGGAGCGUGAAAGUGACCGGCUUCGUGCUGAGAUCUCUCUACUGGAGUCCAAGGUACGAUCUACAACCAUCACCAGAAUAUUAUCUGUUCAUGAUAUAUAUUUCAUUUAUUUUCACUCUUCCGACUUCAAUUCCAGCAAAGUUUCUUGUCCUAUAAUCUCUAGAGAUAUUCAUGUACGUCAUCAUUUGUUAGCCGAAAUUCAUGAUGCACAAAGUGAAUUUGAAAAAAAUCCAAUUCGGAUCAAUGAUUUUUGCUUUGAAUUUUUAAUGAUUCAUGUUGUUUAGCCAGAAAUAUCAUGACCCUAACACAACCGUCUUUCUUCCCAGCUGUAUUAACCAAUUUUUCCAGCUAUUCCGGUGUCACAUCCCUACUGACUGUGCUAUUUUAACAUAAUUAGGACAGUGUCUGCAGCUUUCACACUAAUAUGGUUAUUGUUUUGGCACUUCGCAGUUAGGUCAUGGCGAUUACUCCACUGAAAGCACGAAGGUGUUGCGUAUGGUGAAUACGUUGACCGUGGACAGUGAAACAAAGCACACCAUAGAGGCGUUACGAUCUGAGCUGUUGAAAACAAAAGCAAAGCUUCAAGCUGUUGAAGAGCUGAAGGGACAGUCAGGUACAGAACAGCGGUUACCAUACUAUAUGAUACUCUUGAUUUCUUUAUUCUUGAGGAAAAGGAUUUUGGCCUGCGAUCACAGACGCUAUGGUAAUAUGUUUACUUCUAGGAAAUUCCACAGAAUAUAGCGUGCAUAUGCCCUUAUUGUUCAUGCGUAUUGCCAUCUAUAGUGUCUGCAUUUAGAUAUUGGGACCCGGAUUUUCCAUAAUUUUGAAUCUAUUAGUUCGUAGGCGACUUAUCACGCAGCGAUUUUGAGUGCCGUUGUUAAUGUGUUGCCAGAUGCCGGAAAUCUAAUAGAUGCCCAGAUAUCAGACAAACUUGCCCAACUCAAAGGCCAGAUUGCAACUCUAGAGAAGCGUGAGGAAAGGUUGCUUAUUCUUCUUCAUUUGGACGCAAUCUUCAUCCUAUUAUUUCAAUCUUAGUUUCAUUUAAUCAAUCUUCUGCUUGCGUUAAACAGAUAUAAAACAGUUUUCGCGGACAAAAUCUCAGUCUUCAGAAGAGCUUGUUGCUCUCUCUUUGGCUACAAGGUAAUCUCGUAGACUGAUUUGAUCGAAAGUUCCUGGUUUUAGUGAUUAAUCUUAUAUGGGGUUGGGAUUAGUUCAUAUGAACCAAGCCACAAUGAAAAAUAAAUAAAUAAAUAAAUAAAUAAUCAUCUGGUUGAUCUGCUAUAUUUAUUGCUAAUUACUGUUUACUUGGGUGACCGAAUAAUCAAACGAUUUUUGAUAUAUUUUUCUUCUCUAAAAUUCUUCUACCGCAAACAUAAAAAACCCUUUUUUUAAAAACUUUUGAUGGCUUCUGAAACAAGUGGGUCCCAACUUUUCUUAGAUCAUUUUUCAUGUUUGCAUUAUUUUUUGAUGCUUUUCAACUCUGCUGCCAGAUUGUUAUGGAUGAUCAGCAGCGGCCCAAUGGAAUUCCCGUGACCCGGUUCACCCUCCAAUCAAUCUACGCUCAAAGUGACGAUGAGAAACUCGAAUUCGAGUAUGAGUCGGGGAACACUAACGUCUUGGUCGGUGCAUUUUUUGUGUGAAAAAAAGCUUAUGAUUCAUGAUUUUCCGCGUAUUUUCCGCCGGAUGAUGAUUUUUUUUCUCUCCCCACACAGGUCAACGAUUACUCCUCUCAGCCAGAGAUUUCCCAUCAGGUUAUUCCUCUUCUUUCUUUUCCUGGAUUGUCGUCGCAUUGAUGAUAGAUUUGACGGGGCGUGCAUCACAUCCCAAUAGUUUUUUUUUUCUUUUUUUUGCCUGAUUAAUCCAACCUGAAAGGCAACUUUCCUACUCUUCUCAUCUUCUGACUUUUUGGCGAGUUGAUUUUUUUUUUCUCAGGUUGAGAUUUUCAUAAAGAGGAUGAAUUCGAUUCCUGCUUUCACUGCAAACUUGACCAUGGAGUCAUUCAACAAGCGCACCUUGAGUUAA